AAGAAGCCUAUGCAACAUCAUGCUUCUCCGAAAAAUUGCGGAUCGGGUCAGCAAGUUCGGUAGAGCCUCUAGGUCAUGCUGCUAUAAAGGACGUAAAGCGCACCUUCUUCUGGAGACUAGUGCAUCUUCCUCACAACACAAACUCACACUCUCACUCAAGCCGUGACCCUUAACAGACCACAGCAAUCUCAUCAACCCACCAAUCAUGGCAUCGCAAACACCAGUCUGGUUCAUCACCGCGGCCUCAAGCGGCUUCGGCAAGUUCAUAGCUCUUGAAGCUCUCUCUCGAGGUCACCGGGUCAUAGCCAGCGCACGCAGCACGUCACGGAUCGCCGAUUUGAAAGAGAAGGGCGCAGUGACAGUGACACUGGACGUGACAGCGCCGCAAGCAGAGAUCGAGAAGGUUGCCAAAGCUGCAAAUGAGACGUAUGGCUAUCUGACCCAUCUGGUAAACGCAGCUGGAUACAUCCUUGUCGGCGCAGUUGAAGAAACAUCACCCGAAGAAGAUUUCAACCAAUUCAACACCAACGUUUUUGGCAUGCUGAAUGUCUCAAAAGCCUUUCUACCCUAUCUUCGAGCUACCGCAGGCCACCGUACAAUCUCAAACUUCGGUAGCCUUGGCUCCUGGCAUGGCGGUGCAGGCUUUGGUCUGUACGCCGGCACAAAGUGGGCAUGCAGUGGUAUCUCUGAAUCUAUGCGCGCCGAGCUUGCACCGCUGGGCAUUGCUGUGACAGUGAUCGAGCCAGGCUACUUCCGUACUGGCUUCCUCAAUGCUGGUGCGCAAAUCAAAAGUGAGAAACGAAUCAAGGAGUACGACGAGACGACGGUCGGACAAGUGAGAGAGACACUGGAUAAGGUCGACAAUAACCAGCCGGGUGAUGUCGUGAAGGGCUCCAAGGUGAUCGUUGACAUUCUGACAAAGAGUGGCGUUGCCGAAGGGAAGGAAGUUCCGAUCCGUGUGGUGCUAGGAACAGACUGUUCGAUCGCUGUUCGUGGCAAGGUCAACGAUACGAUCAAGUUGUUGGACGAGUGGGACCCUAUUGCGACAAAGACCGACCACGAGUAGGGACCAAACGU